CGAUUAUCCGUCAUCGCGCGAACGUUUGAUUUCCUGAAGAGUUGUCAAACAAGUCAUAGAGCUUAAAACAGAAGCCAGUGAUGGCAGAGUGGGAUAACAUAAAGACUGACUUCGGUGGAGAUGAGACUGUCAACUUUGGACCCCGCAAGGAGUCGGGCUCAGCUCUCUACCAGAUAGACACGGUGGCCACGGUCUCCUGCCAGGAUUUAAAUAACCACAGCCUCCCAACUGUGUCAUCAAGUUUGCUAGGAGACCUGACAUGCCUGGCUGUAGAUAAGACUCUUCUCUUGAACACAGCCUCCAUCCUCAGUCUAGAUACUCCUGUGGAGGAGGUGGAGUGGAGUCCAGAUGGCAGUGUGGUAGUGCUAGGAACAUCAGGUGGCUCUGUGUUCAUGCUUGAUGCUGAAUCUACGGAUAUCAUAUUCUCUAUGAAUCUUGUGCCUCCAGAGAGACUUGUAAAUGGAAAAGCUUUCUGUAGGAUCCUUUUUACAGGUGAUAAUGACCUGGUGGUUCUCACUGCGGAUGGUCAGCUCAUAGUCCAGCCUGAUAUCUCCCUGAAUAAACAAGACGAUGGCAGCUUGGGUAAUGUGCUUACUGAGAGUGUUCAAAUGACGAGCAUUUCCCCCUAUCAGAGCCGAGUACAUGAUAUUGUGGCAGUCAACAAAAACAUUUACACACUGGGAGGUGGGGAGAGUGUACUAUGCCACUGGAACUACAGAUCUGGUACCUUGGAGCUUGUGGAUGAGACUCCAUCCCUUCUCUCUAAUGAUGUUGAGCUGAAGGUAGGAGAGAUCACCACUGAUGGACACUACAUCUUCGCAAUUGACUCAAACCAUCAUGUGAGUGUAUGGGACCUGUCCAUGUUGGUUUGUGUGCAACAGUUCACAGAUAUGCAGGUCACUGAUAUUUGCCUCUUAGAAACCAACACUUCACAAAACAACAGCCUUGACGGGAUGAAGCUGGUUGUGUUGACGAAGGGAGACGGGGGAGAGUGUAGUCUCAAAGUACAGGCUCUACCAGACUGGUCUACAGUCUACAACCUCCAACUUGCUGCUCCAAGCUUACUUGCAAAGUGCUCUACUUUUCAGGAUGCUCUUUACAUAGCAGAGUUUAUUGGAACAGAAGGAAAACCAGAGACGUUGAGCACCCUGAGAUACAGAAGGUUGAGUGAGACAGAUCCUAAAACCAGAUUGUACCGCAUCCUGCAGAAGAACAAGUUUGAGGAAGCUGAACAGUUCGCCAACCUCUUCCGCCUUGAUAUUGAGCUGGUCCACAAGGUGAAGGCCAAUUACCUGAUUGACCAGUUGUCUCCCUGGAACGCUGAUAAGCACAGCCAGAUAGAGGUGGCCACCAUGAUACAGCAGCUGUGGAUCUGCCUAGAAACCAUUGUGGAUGAAGUCCACAUGGUAGAGAGCUGCAUGAUGGCUUCCCUACCAACCUUCUGUGACACAGAGAAACUGCUCAACUACUGCAAAACAAGGCUGGAUAAGUCAGCGAGCAGCAAGGCCCCAGCUGAGCGGGAGAGGGUCAGUGAACAGUACAGCAAGCUGUUGAAAAUUCAAAGAAGGCUGACAACAUUCAAGUUAGCAUUUGGAGAGAAGAGUUUUACUGGUGAGGUAUGGCGUCAGUUUGUGGAGAAGAACCUUCUGUCUGAGGCCUUGCGACUGCUGGACCAAGGCCAAGUGGACACUGCCUUCAUCAUCUGGAUACGGCACCAGUGCCAGUGGACCAAUCAAAUCAACCGGCCCCUGAUUCAGCAGUUACUGUCGGUGCUACAUGAUGGUGUUAGCUCCCCUGACCUGCUCUCCUACAUCUGUGAUGGGCUUCUACCCUCUGUGGUCAGGGAGGUUCCACAGGCACUGGAGGAUAUUGUGGACUUUGUCAUUGAGAAAACCAAGAACCUGGAAGUUACCCAUAAGGAUGAGUGGCCUAAGAAUGCGAUACAGUUUGCUGACUUUUCCCAUCGUCGUCUGCGAGAGGCAUCGGCCGUAGUUCUUGAUGAUGAGACAUGUAUGGCCACUGACAAUGCUCACAAGACAAAAGUUAAUAUGGAGGAGGUGUUGAGCCCACUGGCUGGUCUGAUUGUGAAGCUACACCAGCUGGAUGAUGUCUUGCAUAAGUACCGCUGUCGACUAUCCCUGGCCCAGUUCCUCCAGGAAACCAAGGAGACAAUAGCGUUCAGGAUGCUGGACAAGGUCGUGGCCUUGGAACUGAUUGCCCCAACUCUAGAACGACAGAUACGCCCCUACAUGGCUGAACACAAUCUCAACCAGGACACCAUCUUCUCCAAGUAUAUCAGAGACUUGCUUGAGCGUUAUGGCCAGGUGCAGAGUUUUGGUGGUGAGACUGCCUGGGAGGCUAAAUCCGCUGCCAUAUUGGACUGUAUUACAGAUGUGGAGCAAAAGAUCAAUGGUAUUCUGGAAGUGAUGCAGUUUGCUCCAAUACCAUGGAGCUCUCGUGUUGAACAGCUGGUCCAGGCUUCCCUCAAGCUCAAACAUUGCAAGGUGGAAAGUAUCCGGGAGCAGUGUCUGCACGUAGAGGUGAAAAAGUUGAUGAUGAAAUAUGGCUUCAAGAACACAGAGGUCCCUGAGGGUCCGGAGGCUGAGCACCUGAUGUACAUGAUGUUGAGCCAGGAUAAGCCGGGAUGUCUGGAGGAUGCCCAACAGGUGAAGUCAUGUGACCCAGACCUGAGUCUCCGCCUGCACACUUUCAGACUGAGGCAGCUCAUUGCAGCAGACAGGCUGGAGGAGGGCCUGGAGCUACUUAGGAACCUGGCCCCAGCCCUUGGGGUGAGAGUGGGGUCAGCCAUUGUCAAUCUGGCCACUGUCAAACUGGACUACACUGUGGACAUCUCUCACAUACAGGACCAGAUCAACAGUGAGAAGAGGCUGUAUACAGAUGCUGCCAUCCAUGUCCUCAAGUACCUACAGUCCAGGGAGAAAGACCCUCUUAUGAUAGCUGACCUCAAGGAGCAGGAAAGUGUGCUCAAGAAUAUGAGGGCCCUACAGGUGGAGUUUUCGGAGUACCUGACAGUUGUUGAGUAUUCUAGUGAGGAGCACAGGCUGGAAAUCAUGUACAACUAUAUCAAGGAGUUCUAUAUUGCCCUGAAAAAGUCUCCAAAGACUGUUAGCUACGCAAAAGUUUACAGGCUGGCCCACAUUCUUAACAUUCCUCACAUCAGCAUCCUGGGUCAGAUGGCCAUCCGCUCAGCCAACUUAGGCAACAUCAACACAGCUGUGCAGAUAUGCAGGGACCUGUAUGAGUCAAGUCACAGCCAAGAGGUGGCAUGCACACUGAUGGAGGUUGUGAGAGCAUUCCUUGACCUUCUGGCUGAGGUUGACCUUGAGGCUGACACACCCACCACUAGCAAACUCCGCCUCCUGCCUGACGUCUGCUGUCGCCUUGCCAACCAAGCAGUCUCGAUUUGUGACCCAGAUUGUCUGUGCGAAUACCUGGAGGUGUGUCGGGCGUGCUCUCUGCUCCAGGACGUUGGGCGCCAGUGUGAGGCUGGGGAUGACUCCCUCUCUGCCCAGUGGGGAGAGGGUGGUGAUGUCCAUAUAGAUCGGGAGUUAUGGGCGGACCUGUCCCUGGAUGUGUUCCAAGAAGAUGCUCUUAUAAUGUCCUCCAGCAUAGCCUUGCCCCUCGUGGCCAAGUACAUACAGCUAAACCCACUCUACAAUGCACAAGACCCAGAUGAAGAAAAGCCUGCUGAUGAGCGUUCAGCGGUGGAUCAGAUGUGUACAGGGGUGGUUCCUGUGGUGCAGCAUCUCCGUGGCAACUCCCAUAUCCAGCUCGCCCUCGCGUUCUCUGUACACAUGCUCCAUACUUUACUCAAGUACACACUUCAGCAGGACAUGGGACUUACAUAUACAUCAGAGGAGGAGAAGGCCGAGAACGUGGCCUGCCAGAAGGCGUACACAGAUCUGAAUAGGACCAGCCAAGCCAUGCUCAAGGAACUUGUCUUUACUCUUCUCAUGAAGAUAUUCAGUGGUUCUCGUGUGGAUGAGCAUUUGGCGUUCAUGUAUCUCUCCACACGGCCUAAACGGGAGGUGAUGGACUGUAUGCUCCGCCUCACCAAGACCGCAUCACAAAGCAGUCAUAAAAAACUGAAGGUGGUAGCAUCACUAGGUCAGGCGUUGGGUCAGAUAUUGAAGGAGGUGAACAUGAUCAGCAGCUGUCAGGACCUUGAGGCCAAUGCCACCUGGGGUCACAGGCUCUCCAAGAUGAAGAUAUCGUUCCGAGAUGCCAUUCUGGGUCCUAACAGCGAAAAGACCAAACUGCUACCUGCUAUAGCUCAGAAUCCUGCCGCCGACACCAAGCUGGUCACAGAGUUCUGCCAGGCGUUUAAGCUGGAUGAGGAUGAGGGCCUGCUGUUAUAUCUUGACCACCUGUUUGUGCCUGGAGCCACCAGCGAGCCUGAAACAGAAGCCCGGAACUCCAACAUCGCCCGGGCAUACCAGGCCAUCACCAGGGUAAAAAACCAGGAUCAGCUUGUAUUAAGGAUCAAGAAAAUCUACUACAGGACAAGCGCAUAUGACUAUGAGACACUGAAGUUUUGCCUGGAAGUGAUGAAGACCCAGCCCGGCCCGGAGCUCGAAGACAUUCCUGUACAGAAGGGUUUGCAAUUACUGGAGCACCUGAUGAUCUACACAAGGGUGUCCUCCCCUUCUGAGUAUGAGACGGAGUUCAAGAUUGGUGGUGACAAGAAAGAGUCACAGAUGUUCCUGGCCUCAUUGCCUCCAGAGAGCAAGACUAGGCUGCCUCUCCAUCCACUCCUGCAUGGAGAUCCAUGGAAAAUCAUUACACCAGAACUGAGGAAGAAGACUGUCAACACUUGGUUACUGAUUGCUAAACUUCUUACGCUGUCUCCGGACCAGAUCUGUCUAACAGCUGUACAGAACAUGGUUCGUGUGUACACGGAGAACUUCUCCUCCCCGGAUGCUGGCACCGACAUGUCCCUCUGGCAUUGGAGGCCUGACCAGGCUAACAGCGCCUUCCUACAGGACCUACAGCAGGUGUUACACAGCAUCAAGAACUGUGAGAGCUCCCUGGCCUGUGCCAAGUGGAUGGUCAACAAAUUGCCACUAGGCUCAGAGAAGGUGCUGGUUCUGGAUCAGUGCAUCAAGUUGGCUGAAUUGUGGCACCAUAGCAUCCCUGAUGAGAGUGCCAAGAAGGAGAAGGCGAUGCAGGCAUACUUGAAGUUCCGUAGCCACUGGCAAAAAAUGGCGUCGGCUCAGGCCCUGUGCCUGAACAGCCUUGGGGAGGCGGAGCUACUGCAGGCCACAGACCGGCCCUCCCAGCUCAUACAACGCCUAUACGAGCACCCCAGCAUCACCGACACGGCAUGGGACUGCUCCACACAGAGACCAGAUAUUCACACAGCUGCAGAGAGGAUUGCUCACAUCAACAACAUCCACCUGGACGCGAUCCAGCACUCACUUAUUGAGAAGUGGUUACAGGCAGGGAUAAAAGCACAGCAGGAGUCCGACACAACAAUGACAUUCAGCCUGGAGAACCUGAAGUUUGCUGAGUCCAUGAUUGAAGUGAAAGACUCAGAUGAGGAGAUCAAUUUCAGAAGGAUCAUUCAUCUGGUGAAGAGAGAAAACCGAGAGAGUAACCUGCUGAAACUGUUUGACUUUGCCCUAAAGCCAGGAGAUGGUCGAGACACGAUGUGCUCCAUCCAGGCCUUACGAUGUCUCUUGCACCUCUGUGAUGAAGCUACAGUGAAGAAGGAGUGUAACAAGUCACUGGAGGAUAUCAGAAAGUUGCUGUACGUGAUGGUAUACAUAGCCGGCCUGGAGAAACUCCAUAUCCGCCACACAGUGGACACCUUCAUCUCCUGCCAGAAGGAAGGGCUUAUCAGGGGCAUCUGGAAAAACCACUCCCACGAAAAAUCUGCUGUGAGCCUAGUAUCCAGUCUGUGCCUUGACUACGAGAUCUACGACAUUCAUCUCUGGAAUUCCAUUCUACAAAGGCUGCACUCGUUUGGUCUGAUGCGUCAGUUGGAGUAUGUUCUGGUGAGACUGAACAAUGUGCCAGAGUUAUGGCCCCUGCCAGCCCUACCCAAGAUGUGGUUCACUGUCGUGUCAACAAGCCUCCUUAAAGUGUGUGCUCCAUUAAGCAAGGAGCAGAUAGACACCACUGUUCGCUACUUCAAUUUACUUGUCAGCUGCCCAGUGGUUCAAGAAGUGGAUGGGACCAGUCUGUCCCGCAUGUACCAGAAGCUGGAGCUGCCUGCCUGCGCUCUCGGGGCUCUCCUUAUGACAUCUGACAAGGAGGCUCUGCAGAGUUUCAUUAGCCAGCAUGGAAACCAGAUACUGUCCAAUGUAAAAUCACUCUGCACAGAAAAUGGCUUUAACCAUGGCCUGGCAGUCAAGAUAGAGGAAAGCGUGUAUGAGGAGAUUCUAGCUGGAGAACGUUUCGAGAUGGUACUAAAUAGCCCACAACAGAAAUUGUUUGUGGCAUACUGCAUCCGUGAGAAGAACAUUGACACACUGCUCGUCUUCUCCGUAAAACAUCACAUGAUCGGGGAGGCCAAGCAGCUGGUUGGGGUGUACAUUGGCGCCCACACAGAUGUAGCACUGAAGGUUGGCCGACAUGUUGACGUGGAUGAAGAAGAGGAGGACCAGCCACUGGCCAUGCUAAAGGGUUACCUGAGCAUGCAGGGGCUGCAGGAAUACCUGGGGAUGUUGGAGUGAUCUACAUGAGAAUGGAUGAGACAGACUUGACUUUUAAUUAUAAUUCUACUUCAGUGUGCUCUCCCUCUUCAUAUUACUACAGAUCUGAAAGUGCUUCAUUUACAAGGAACAUUAUUAUGUUAGCAUAUUUCAAGAUUUUUAUAAUGUUUAUGUACCAUACCGGGUAACUCUUUUCUAUAACUCUCCUUUUUGAAGAAUUGUUAUCGCUGCUUCAAACUGGCCCCAAAUCACGAAAAUACUUAAGUCAAAUUUCAAACUCAACUCAUCUUACCACAUAAAAACAUAGUAUUGUUCAAAAUCUUGCAUGUUUUUAUACCUUUUGAAAAUAAAUUUUCUCAUGUAAUGUGAAUUUUACAAAUUUCAAAGAAAACUUAUUCUAGAGCAAAAAAUAUACUUGAGUAAUUGUUAAAAGGCAAUGAUCUAUAUAAGCUAUGCUUUUGAUCAAAUUCUUUGUUUUUCAUUGAUGUAUAUAUGUUGUCUUGUGUUAUUUUCCUCAAUAAAUAUGUUUAAACUAAAAGGCAAUGAAUAGUACUCAAGUACAUUUUUGGCUGUAGAAUAUUUUCCAUUGGAAUCUAGACCAAAGGUUUUAAUCAACAUAUUCAAUGAUAGAAUGCGGUUUAAAAAUGAGUAAAAAACAUAUAUAUUAUUUCAAUAAAUUUUGAGUUAUAUGGUAAAAUGAGUCGAGAUUGAGUUUGAGAUUUGACUUAAGUAUUUUCGUGAUAUUAGGGCCUGGUGUUCAUUCAUUAUGAUGUUAGCCUCAAAUACCACAUGUGUUGAUUGAUAAAAAUAUUAGCCUCAAAUACCACUCAUGUUGAUUAAUAAUGAAGUUAACCUCAAAUACCACAAGUGUUGAUUAUGAUGUCAGCCUUGAACACAACAGGUGUUCAUUUGUUAUGAUGUUAGCCUCAAAUAACACACAUGUUCAUUAGUUAUGAUAUUAGCCUCAUAAAUAAAUAAAGAAAAUGAAAGUA